AAAAAAAAGAAGUAAAAGGUUUUUAUAAGUGUAUUUAUAUCAUCCGCUUCGCCAUUGCCCACUCCACCCCAAAAGACUCUGCCACAGAGAAAAAGACAGAAAGAAAGAAAGCCUUGAGAAGGAAGAAGCCUACCAUAACCAAAACCAAAUCGUUUCUUUUACCUUCACGCUUCCAUUUAAACCUCUCUUCACCUCUUCCAUGCAUUUAAAUCUCCGUAUUCAUAUUACCCUUCUGCUUCUGCCUCUGUCUUUGCUCUGCGCCUUGAUUCGCUUCCCAUCUCCAAGAAACCAAAGCAACACGGGUUUACGAAGAAAAGUAGCUUCUUUUCAUUAUCUUUUUCACUACUUUUGCUUUCUUUGAUUAUCUUUUUCUGUCUUUCUUGAGAUUUUACUACAUGGGUUCUUGUAAAGAUCAAGAAGAUAAACUAGAAAAGUGUGUGUUUGUUGAUGGACCUAUUAUAGUAGGUGCAGGGCCUUCUGGUUUAGCAGUUUCUGCUUGCCUUUCUCAACAAGGUGUACCCUCUUUGAUUCUUGAGAAAUGUGACUGUAUAGCUUCUUUAUGGCAACACAAAACUUAUGAUCGUCUUAAACUCCAUCUUCCAAAACACUUCUGUGAGCUUCCACUUCUUGGUUUCCCUGAAAACUUCCCCAAAUACCCAACAAAGCACCAGUUCAUUGCUUACAUUGAGUCAUAUGCGUCGCACUUCUCAAUCCAACCCCGGUUCAAGCAAGCUGUGCAACAAGCUGUUUUUGAUCAUUCCAGUGGCUUUUGGAAGGUGCAAACUCAGGAUUUUGAGUACAUUUCUAAAUGGUUGAUUGUUGCCACUGGAGAAAAUGGUGAGCCUGUGAUACCUGAAAUUGCUGGGAUUGAAAAGUUUAAUGGCCCUGUUGUUCACACCAGUGAGUAUAAGUGUGGCUCUGAUUUUAGAAACCAGAGAGUUUUGGUUGUUGGUUGUGGUAAUUCUGGCAUGGAAGUCAGUUUAGACCUUUGUAGAUACCAUGCAAUUCCUCAUAUGGUUGUUAGAAACACUGUACAUGUUCUACCCAGAGAAAUGUUUGGUUUUUCAACAUUUGGUAUAGCCAUGGCACUGCUUAAAUGGCUUCCUAUAAGGCUGGUAGACAAAAUACUGCUAUUAAUAGCAAAAUUCACCUUAGGCAACACAGACCAAUUGGGUCUCCGGCGUCCCAAAACAGGCCCAAUUGAACUCAAGAACAUCACCGGAAAGACACCAGUGCUGGAUGUUGGAACACUUUCACAGAUAAAAUCUGGUAAAAUCAAGGUGAUGGAAGGUGUAAAAGAGAUGACACAAAAUGUAGCCAGAUUCACGGAUGGACAAGAGAAGGAGAUUGAUUCUGUAAUCUUAGCAACUGGGUACAAAAGCAAUGUGCCUUCCUGGCUCAAGGGAGAUGAUUUUUUCACCAAGGAUGGGAUGCCAAAAACACCGUUUCCAAAUGGGUGGAAAGGAGAUAAUGGAUUAUAUACAGUUGGGUUUACAAGAAGAGGACUUCAAGGAACAAGUUUCGAAGCUGUUAAGAUUUCUCAAGACAUUGCUGAGCAAUGGAGGAAAAGCAAGGACUGCAAAGAUGCCCAUGUCAUCUUACUAACCAAAUUUCGUGAUAAAGAAAGAAACACGGAAAAUGUGGUUUUUUCCUAGGGUUUCUUUCUUUUUUUUUAGAUUGGGUAAUUAUUUGUUAUCGAGUUCUGACUGACUUGUUUUUACCUUUUUACCCUGAUCUCUUGUUUCCUGUAGAUGCACAAUUUUGCCUCGGGGUUUCACUUCACCUCUUGUCAUCAUGUAUUUUUUUUUUUUUUUAAUCUUUGUAUAAAUUAAUGCCAUUAUCUAACUUAUUUCAAAUCUUAUACGAGAAAAAAAAUGUUAUUAAGGCUUA